AUAUAAUUAGCAGUAAUUACGACUAAAGAAAAUCUCACCAGAGCUGAGGUGAUUUGGUGACUGACUGGUUUCGGCAGCUACCAGAGCCACCCUGGGCGGCUUUACUCGUCCCUUUCUUUAUUCUCUGUUUCCUGGUUCGUCUUCUCCAGAGGUUUAGGGUUCCCGGAUUUUCUCAAUCUCAGAUUGUGAAGGAAUGAUUUGCUUUUGUUUCUACUCUGUCUCUACAUAGGCUUCACAUAAAAGUCUGUAGCUACAGGUAGAAAUUGGGUUCUAUCUUAAGAAUAUUGUUCCAAGAUGGGGCGGCUAAAGAUGCAGACUGGAAUCAAGUCAAUUGAAGAAGAACCUGAGGAAUGUGAUGGCUAUUCUAUUAAAGCUACUUUAGCAUGCAUGAUUAAUUCAGAAGUAGGAGCUGUGUUAGCAGUAAUGAGGAGAAAUGUAAGGUGGAGUGGGCGUUAUAUGUCUGGGGAUGAUCAGCUGGAGCACUCCCUAAUUCAGUCUUUGAAGGCAUUGCGCAAGAAGAUUUUUACAUGGCAGAAUCACUGGCAUACCAUUAACCCUUCUGAGUAUCUUCAACCAUUUCUGGAUGUGAUUCGAUCAGAUGAAACUGGUGCUCCAAUCACUGGUGUUGCUUUGUCUUCUGUUUACAAGAUCUUAACACUCGAUGUCAUUGAUCAAGACACUGUACAUGUUGAAGAUGCAAUGCACUUGCUAGUUGAUGCUGUCACUAGUUGCCGAUUUGAGGUGACUGAUCCUGCCUCAGAAGAGGUAGUUCUAAUGAAGAUAUUGCAAGUUCUUUUGGGUUGUAUGAAGAGUAAAGCAUCUGUUAUGUUGAGUAAUCAACAUGUUUGUACUAUAGUGAAUACCUGUUUCCGUAUAGUCCACCAAGCAGGAUCAAAAGGAGAGUUAUUGCAACGUAUAGCUCGGCACACCAUGCAUGAACUUGUUAGGUGUAUCUUCUCACACCUUCCUGAUGUUGGCAACUCAGAAAGUGCUCUGGUAAAUGGAAUAAAUAAUAUGAAUGAGAGCUCUGGGUUGAAUAAUGAAUAUGCAUUUGGAAGCAGGCAAUUGGAGAAUGGAAACAUGACUUCUGAAUACGAUGGUCAAGCAUUAUCUAUUAAUCUUGCCUCCAAUACUUCUGUUGGCGCAGCAGCAGUUGGAAUGAAUGAUGAUACAAUUGGGACUGGCACUGGAAAGGACACAGUACCAUAUGACUUAAGUCUGAUGACUGAACCAUAUGGAGUACCCUGCAUGGUAGAAAUAUUCCAUUUCUUAUGCUCUUUGCUAAAUGUUGUUGAGAAUGUUGGAAUGGGUCCGAGAUCAAAUACUUUAGCGUUUGAUGAAGAUGUGCCUCUAUUUGCCUUAGGUUUGAUUAAUUCUGCUAUAGAGUUGGGUGGCCCCUCUAUUCGUCAUCAUCCUAGAUUGCUGGGUUUGAUUCAGGAUGAAUUAUUUCGUAAUUUGAUGCAGUUUGGCCUGUCAACCAGUCCGCUUAUUCUUUCUAUGGUAUGCAGCAUUGUUCUUAAUCUGUAUCAUCAUCUGCGUACUGACCUCAAAUUACAGCUGGAGGCCUUCUUUUCUUGUGUUAUUUUGAGGCUUGCACAAAGCAGAUAUGGAGCAUCUUACCAGCAGCAGGAAGUUGCUAUGGAGGCUCUUGUUGACUUCUGUCGACAGAAAACAUUUAUGGUGGAAAUGUAUGCUAACUUAGAUUGUGACAUAACCUGCAGUAAUGUCUUUGAAGAUCUCGCUAAUCUCUUGUCGAAAAGUGCUUUCCCUGUUAAUUGUCCCUUGUCAUCAAUGCACAUUCUGGCUUUGGAUGGUCUUAUUGCUGUUAUUCAGGGUAUGGCCGAGAGGGUUAGCAAUGGAUCAGUUGGUUCAGAGUACACCCCAGUUAAUCUUGAAGAGUAUACCCCAUUCUGGAUGGUGAAGUGUGAUAACUAUAGUGAUCCUAGUCACUGGGUUCCAUUUGUUCGUCGGAGGAAAUACAUCAAAAGAAGGUUGAUGAUUGGAGCUGAUCACUUUAAUAGGGAUCCAAAGAAAGGGUUAGAAUUCCUCCAAGGAACACAUCUUUUGCCUGACAAACUUGAUCCUCAAAGUGUGGCAUGCUUUUUCAGAUAUACUGCUGGGUUGGAUAAGAAUCUAGUUGGGGAUUUUCUGGGGAAUCAUGAUGAGUUUUGUGUUCAGGUUCUUCAUGAAUUUGCUUGGACUUUUGAUUUCCAAGACAUGAAUUUGGAUACUGCAUUGCGACUGUUUUUAGAAACAUUCAGACUGCCUGGAGAGUCACAAAAGAUACAAAGAGUCCUAGAGGCAUUCUCAGAGAGAUAUUAUGAGCAAUCACCUUUGAUUCUAGCUAACAAGGACGCUGCUCUCUUGUUAUCAUAUUCACUGAUAAUGCUUAAUACAGAUCAGCACAAUGUACAGGUGAAGAAAAAAAUGACAGAGGAGGAUUUUAUCCGAAAUAAUCGGCAUAUAAAUGGAGGCAAUGACCUCCCUCGAGACUUCCUAAUAGAACUGUACCACUCAAUAAUCAAGAAUGAGAUUCGCACAACCCCAGAACAAGGGGCUGGUUUUCCUGAAAUGACUCCUAGUCGAUGGAUUGACCUAAUGCACAAAUCAAAGAAAACUGCUCCAUUCAUAGUAUCAGACUCCAGAGCCUACCUAGACCAUGAUAUGUUUGCUAUAAUGUCAGGGCCAACAAUUGCUGCGAUUUCUGUGGUUUUUGAUCAUGCAGAACACGAGGAGGUUUACCAAACAUGUAUUGAUGGAUUUCUAGCUGUUGCAAAGAUUUCAGCGUGCCAUCAUCUUGAAGAUGUCCUUGAUGAUCUUGUUGUGUCUCUCUGUAAGUUCACAACACUUCUGAACCCAUCAUCUGUUGAGGAACCUGUACUGGCAUUUGGUGAUGACACAAAAGCUAGAAUGGCAACUGUGACUGUUUUCACUAUUGCCAACAGGUAUGGUGAUUACAUUCGCACAGGUUGGAGAAAUAUCUUGGACUGCAUCUUAAGGUUGCACAAGCUUGGCCUUCUCCCAGCCCGUGUGGCCAGUGAUGCAGCCGAUGAGUCAGAGCUCACUGCUGACACUGGACACGGCAAACCUCUCACGAAUUCUCUAUCUUCUGCUCAUAUGCCUCCCAUGGGUACUCCUAGAAGAUCAUCCGGAUUGAUGGGACGAUUUAGUCAACUCUUGUCUCUUGACACAGAGGAGCCAAGGUCGCAACCUACUGAGCAGCAGCUUGCAGCUCAUCAGCGCACCCUGCAAACUAUUCAAAAGUGCCACAUUGACAGCAUAUUUACUGAGAGUAAGUUUCUGCAAGCUGAAUCUCUGUUGCAGCUUGCUCGAGCACUCAUCUGGGCUGCAGGGAGACCUCCGAAAGGGAACAGCUCUCCUGAGGAUGAGGACACUGCAGUUUUCUGUCUGGAGUUACUAAUAGCAAUCACCCUGAAUAACAGGGACAGGAUCGUGCUUCUUUGGCAGGGUGUCUAUGAUCACAUAUCCAACAUUGUUCAGUCAACAGUCAUGCCAUGUGCUCUGGUGGAGAAGGCUGUUUUUGGCCUCCUCCGUAUUUGUCAGCGUCUUCUUCCUUACAAGGAGAACCUUGCUGAUGAACUUUUGCGGUCAUUGCAACUUGUAUUGAAACUCGAUGCUCGGGUUGCAGAUGCUUACUGUGAACAAAUCACACAAGAAGUUAGUCGCCUAGUAAAAGCAAAUGCUUCUCAUAUCAGAUCACAACUAGGGUGGCGCACCAUUACAUCCCUACUUUCUAUCACUGCUCGACAUCCAGAAGCCUCAGAGGCUGGAUUUGAUGCAUUAUUAUUCAUUAUGUCUGAUGGGGUCCACUUGUUGCCAGCCAAUUAUGUUCUCUGUGUAGAUGCAUCAAGGCAGUUUGCCGAGUCUCGUGUUGGACAGGCAGAGCGUUCUGUUCGUGCACUGGAUUUAAUGGCGGGCUCUGUUGAUUGCUUAACUCGGUGGGCCUCUGAAGCGAAGGAAUCAAUGGCAGAGGAGGAUGCUAUGAGGAUGUGUCAGGAUAUUGGAGAGAUGUGGUUGCGGCUCAUUCAGGGAUUAAGAAAAGUUUGUUUGGAUCAGAGAGAAGAGGUUAGAAAUCAUGCUUUGUUAUCAUUGCAAAAGUGCUUGACCGGAGUGGAUGGGGUACAUCUUCCUCACAGUCUCUGGUUACAGUGUUUUGAUUUGGUGAUCUUCACCAUGCUUGAUGACUUGCUUGAAAUUGCACAAGGUCACUCUCAAAAAGACUAUCGUAACAUGGAAGGAACACUUAUACUUGCCAUGAAGCUCUUGCCGAAGGUGUUUCUUCAGUUACUUCCUGAUCUAUCUCAAUUAACAACCUUCUGCAAAUUAUGGCUGGGUGUUCUCAGCCGAAUGGAGAAAUAUAUAAAAGUGAAAGUUAGAGGAAAGAAAAGUGAGAAGCUUCAGGAACUAGUACCUGAGCUGCUUAAGAAGACCUUGAUUCUUAUGAAGACAAAGGGAGUGCUUGUGCAGAGAAGUGCUUUAGGUGGGGACAGUUUGUGGGAGCUGACAUGGUUACAUGUAAAUAAUAUUGCCCCAUCCUUGCAGUCUGAAGUUUUUCCUGAUCAAAGUUUAGAGCAGUCACGCAAUGGUGAUGCAGCAGGAGAUCUAGCAUCAGAUGAAACAGACCAAGUACCUUCAACCGAAACGCUCCCAUCAGAAGUUGCUGCUGGUGGAUAUUAGCAUGUUGUAUAUUGAGACAUCCUACUCGGAGAAGCUUCCAACAGAAUAGGUGAGUAGUGUACCUAUAUGGGCUGUAGAGUAGCGGGAAAAGAGGGGGGGGUGGCGGCGGCGGCGGCGGCGAUGAUGUCUGAAAUGAGUGAGUGGGAGUUUUGUUAGGAGUUUGGUAGACGAAAAGACGUAGAGGAGAUGCAUUGACUAGUUUUGUUAUUCUUUUUGUUUGUUUCUUCGUCUUCACUGCCUGGAUAAUGAGAGUGUAAUCUGAAAAUGGAUAUAGGAGGGUAACUUUUGUGUCUACUUGCUCUCACUUAUUCAUGGAGUAAAAUAUAAGUCUAAUUCACAAUGAUAUUCUUGAAAAUAGUUAUUAAGAAGUUGAAAGGUUUACAAGUA